AUGUUUGAGCAGUUCACUUCUCCCUGCUCGACCGCAGUUUAUAGUUGUGUUUUUUCUUUACUUUUUAUAGGGAUUGGUGUGGUGAAUCUUUGCGAUGCAAAUGUCCGGAUACGGUGUCAAUCUGUGUUGCAAGAUAAACGGGAUGUAUUCUUAGCUCCGAACCAUCAAUUUCGCUAUAGAUUUGUGGACAUUGACCGAGGAAAUCGCCAUUUUUGGUGCGACGCCUAUGGUCUAUUCGGAUUUUCUGAAAACUUUGAUGUCUACGGACGAGAAGCCCCUAGCAAGAGGAACAUUACUUGGUGA